UGCUUGAUCAUUGUGAAACAGUGCCUAAUCUUUAGCUGGAUAAAGUUAAAGCGGAGUAAUCAUUUCAUGCAUACAAGAAUGGUAAGGUUACGUCUCGUUGUUCUGUUGACGAUGCUGACAACCUGUCUGGCAGACAGGUUGGACGUAUUGGAAAGUCAGAUGAAAAGGAUGAAAUAUUUCGAGUCCUACGUUGAAACGACAUUGAACACAAUUGCAGGAGAUGUUGGUUCAUUAACUGAAAGAGUCUCAAAGCUUGAAUUAAAUGUUGCCACAUCCGGAACUGAUAAUGACAGUAACGGUUCAAGGGCCGGGAGUUCUGGGGAAGAAACAUAUACUAAACUUGAAAUUAAAGACAUCAGAAAUAAGCUCGAAAUGUACCACCAUGCGUUUGCGAGACAAAAAAAAGAUUUCGUUGAUGUGAAAGUUUUUGUAAAUAAUACAACAGUUGAAGGUGCGCGGCAAUUGCGCUCUGAUGUAUUGAUAUAUUUGGGCAAUAUAAGCGCCGAAGUUAAAACUGAUAUGGACAUGCACUUUAAAAGGGAAAAACAAGAACACAAUAAAACUUUGCUUGCUUUAAAUACUCAAGUCCUAGACCAUCUCGCAAAUGAAACAGAUACACUUAAAACUUUUAAAACAAAUAUACUUCAAGACGUAAAUUCUUUACGGGUACUCGCCCAAAACGAAACAAUUGAGCUGGAAAAGAAUGUUGAAAAACUAAUAGGCAGAGCAAAUGAAGUUGUUGGCAUCAUUGAUAAUCAGAGAUCUACAAUAGAAGACGGUAUCAUGGUCACCAUAAAGGUUCUUCACAUUUACUGGAGUGACUGGUCUGUAUGGUCCGAGUGUUCUCAGUCAUGUGACAGGGGCAGCAGAAGUCGACACAGGUCAUGUGAUGUACCUCCGCCUUUUACUGAUGGCAUCUGCAUUGGAAAUGAUACUGAUACAGAGGAAUGUGCCAUUCAAGAUUGUCCUGUGGACUGCUACGACCUUCAGAAACAGAACCAAGGACUACCCAGUGGAGUGUAUAACUUGUCGCUAUGGAGAAGUCACCUGACGAUCCCGGUGUAUUGUGACAUGACAACAGCUUCAGGUGGAUGGACGGUCAUUCAGCACAGAUAUGAUGGCUCAGUGGACUUUUAUAGGACCCUUUCUGAGUAUACCCAUGGAUUUGGAGACGUCAGUACGGAGUUUUGGCUAGGCCUAAGUUACAUCAAAGAAAUAGCUGACAACGGAAACACCACCAUAAGAAUGGAGAUAUCGGCUGCAGACGGAAGUUCAGCGUAUGAGGAGUGGCCGGAAUUCCGUCUCGGUGACGCUUCUACAUACACCCUCCAUGUUGGGGGUCGUGGCAUAGGAACAGCCGCGGAUACUCGGCGAAGGUUCGACGGAUUUAACAAUGGCUCGGACUUCACUGCCAAGGGAAGCUUCUGCGGGGAUUCAUUACAUGGAGGAUGGUGGUAUAAUAGUUGUACGUAUAUCAACCUGAACGGCGAGUACGUCACGCCGGGCACGUUAUCCGGAUAUCAUGACGGGUGGGGUGGAAUGAUCUACUACAGUUUCAAACAAUUGGUGUCACUGAAAACGUCGACAAUAAUGAUCAGAAGAAAUGAUUAAGUGAAAUAGUACUCACAAUAACAUGUAUAAGUGUGGUGAAUAAAACGUCUAAUGGUACUAUGCAUAAUAUAACUGUUCGAAUUAAACAAACUUUUCCUUUACUUUUCCAAAUUUUGUGUUUUCGCUUAAGUAAAUAAAUAUCAGAACGUAUUUUAUGCAUGUUUAGCUUGUUAUGUUUUCUGUAAUCUAUUGUCUUUAUUAUUUUUUUCCAUGUAUAAAAUACGGUUGCUUCAAUUAGAGAUAUUUUGUCAAAAUUAUACCCAUACGAGUUACCCUGUCUUUUUUUCGAAGAGGAGUCAAAGACGAUGUAUGAAAGAUUACGGUGGUGUGUGUUCUUAUUUAUACUCGCACUCGGGCCUAGCCCAUUCGGCGAGUGUUCCGAUAAGAUUGUUAGUCAUUUUAGGUGUUUGGAUUAAAGUGCACAGACAGAAUGUAUCCGUGGUUAGAGAUGCCCUGAUUUGCACGGAACUCCCAUUUUACGUCCCUUCUGGAACACAAUUAGUAUAUCUUUAAGUGAUGUGGAGAGAAAUCGAACCUGUAAUACCUGGAUUGACAGUCAAGUGUGUAACCACUAAACCACGGAUCCGCCUCAGAGUGAAUAAUCAAUUUUAAAAGUUUUAAUAAUAUAUCGGGGAAAACAAUUAAUUUCAAAUUAGAACUUUACCUUAGUUUAUACCGAUCACUUACGCUCGAUUUUAAAGUUAUGAAUUUAUGAAACCGCCACUUACAGUAUACCGAUCACUUACGCUCGAUUUUAAAGUUAUGAAUUUAUGAAACCGCCACUCACAGUAUACCGAUCACUUACGCUCGAUUUUAAAGUUAUGAAUUCAUGGAAC